ACGUGGAUCCAACACACCCGGCGAAGGUCUACACCGUUGACUCCAGCUUGACGGCGAAGAGCAUCGCGAAACUUCGCAACGCGGGAAAGGCGGUGAUGUGUUACAUCAGCUUCGGGACUGCCGAGGAUUACCGCAGCGACUACAACCAGUUCCCGAAAUCCGUUAUUGGGGGACUCACUUGCAGGAACGAGCAGUGCACGGAGGUGUGGCCUGGAGAGAGGUGGCUGGACAUCAAGAGCCCCAUCGUCAAGACUAUAAUGGAGAAGCGAAUCAAGUUGGCGAAGAGCAAGGGGUGCGAUGGGGUUGACCCUGACAACAUCAACGCGUAUUCGAACAACAUUAUGGCUCAACCCAUCAGCAAAUUCACCAUCACUGCCGAUGAUCAGUUCAAGUACAACUCAUGGAUCGCCAACACUGUUCACAAGUACGGCAUGUCAGUGGGCCUCAAGAACCCCGGCCCGCUUGCCCCCUCCUUCAUGGCGAACCUCUUCGAUUGGGCGAUAAUCGAGAGCUGCAUUUACUUCAGCGACUUUAGCAACAACGCGUGGUACAGUGGCAAAUACGCAUGCGAUUACUCCAACGAGUUUAUUGUGCGCAACAAGGCCGUGUUCUCCAUUGAGUAUAAGGAGCUCUGGGGCACGUCUGCAGGCCAAGUAAACGGCAUCGCGUUCCCACAGGCUAUGUGUGCAAUCAGCAACGCUCACGGGUUCAACACCAACCUCUGCAGUUUUUCCCUUGGCACCGGCCCUCGCUACCCCUUUGCCAACUGCCCUCUGCACAAGCCUGCAGGGUGUGAUACUGUGUGGAAGGAGUGUGUGAAGCAGAGUGUGUAUGCGCAGUACAAGAAGCAGGGCAUGGCAAGAUGGGAUGCUGUUGGGCAGUGCAUGAGGGCUAAGAGAGCAGCGUGCAAAUACAAGGCUUGA